AUGUUAUCAUCAACAAGUCAAAGUUUAUUAUCGAAUAAUUCAUUAAACGAUGAAUUAUAUUGUCCUACUGUAUUUGAAAAUCUUUGUUGGCCACAAACUCUUGCCAAUCAUUCAAUUACUAUUUCAUGUUCACUAUUGGCAAUGCCAGGAGUUGAUUCUAGCAAAUUUCUCACUCGACAUUGUCUUACAACGGGAAUUUGGUCUAAUGUUUCAUUUAAACCCUGUGUUUAUUCGGAUGUAUGGGAUUUAAUGAAUACAUUUUAUAUAUCAAAGACACUUUCACAAAGAAAACGUUAUACAGAUAUUCUUCAAGCUGUACGUAUUAUUGAGUUAGUUGGAUUAUCAGUAUCAUUUAUCAGUGUACUUGUUUCCCUUAUAAUAUUUUUUACUUUGAAAUCUCUUUACUGUAGUCGUACAAAAAUUCAUAUUAAUCUUUUAUUAGCAAUAUUUAUUCAAAUAAUUGCUCGAAUAGUUAAUUAUGGAAUUCAAAUGAAACAAUCAAAUAAUUCUUCACAAAUAGAAUCAAUAGAAUGUGGUAAUGAUGGAAGUAUUCGUCGUCAUGGAAUUUCAUCUAUAUUAAAAAAUAUGUGUCCAUUAAUUGUUAUAUUUUUACAAUUUAGUAUAUCCUCUAUGUUUAUGUGGAUGUUAUGUGAAGGCAUACAUCUUAAUAAUAUAUUAACUGUUAGUGUAUUUAAAAAUUAUUUUAAAACAUAUUAUUUUUAUAUACUUGGAUGGAUUGUUCCACUUUUUAUGACACUCAGUUGGAGUAUUGUUAUGUUUGUUAAAGAACGUGAUCGAAAAUGUUGGUCAAAUUAUAAUUAUCUUAAAUAUUAUUGGAUUAUCGAUGGACCUCGAUAUGCAAUAAAUUUUAUAUUUUUAUUAAAUAUAAUACGGGUUCUAUUAGUUAAAAUCAAAGAAGGCUCAGAAAAACAAAUACGUGAAGAGAAACAUCGUCGUAGUUCUAUGAAUACAAAAUUCGUCAGAAAAGCAGUAAAAGCAGCUAUUUUUCUAUUACCUUUAUUUGGUAUUACACAUAUGGUUGAAACAUUUGUUUCGCCAGAUCCUCGAUCAAUUGCUUUAUUUGCUUUGUAUUGCUCCGUGACUUAUUUUUUAGUGACAUUUCAAGGAUUUUUUUGUGCAUUACUUUAUUGUUUCUUAAAUACAGAGGUUCGCGAAACAUUAUCUCGUCGUCUUCAAGCUACACAACUUUGGGCUCGAUGGAAACUAUGGUUAGGACACAAAGAUCGAUAUCAAAAUGGUACAAGUAAUAGCGAUGAUCGAACACGAUUAGAAUUAUUAAUUCCUCCAUCUAACUUAGGAAAUAAAAGUGCAUUUGAAAUGGAUAAUCGUCGAUUAAAAAAUGAUGCUGAUGCAAGUCCUCAAUAG